CUGUGUGUGACUGUGUGUGACUGUGUGUGUGUAGUGGAGCACCAGGUGGGUCAGGAUGGAGCCACACAGGAUGAGAGUGUGAAGAAGAAGAUCGUGACGAUGGCCAGAGACUCCUGGGAAAUAUAUUUCUCACGACUCUUCCCUGCCUCGGGCAGUGUGGGUACUGGGGUACAGGUGGUCUCUGUGUCUCAUCGAGGCAUCAAGCUGCUGAAGAUGGUGAGAAGCAGCGCUGUUGUCCCAGACUACUUCAGAGUGCUACACCCUUACAGUUACGCGGACAUCCUGUUUGUGUCCAUUCCAUCUAAGAACAUGUUGGAGUUUAACCUGACCAACGAGAAGCUGAUUCUGUUCUCCGCCAAGGCUCCACAGGUUAAACACAUGGUGGACUACUUCAUCACAGAACUGAAGAAGGACUCUGAGUAUGUGGUCGCAGUGAGGAACUACAUCACAGAGGACAGAACUCUGCUCAGCUUCCACAAGGGAGACAUCAUCAGACUACACAGCGUGGAGGGGCUGGAGGAGGGCUGGCGGUACGGGGCGGUGUACGGACGGUGGGGUGUGUUUCCAGGUGAGUGUGUUCAGCCGGUGGCCGCUCCAGACUUCCUGGUUCUCCCUGCUGAGAGGGCGGAGCCUCGUGACAGACACGGCCGUGUUGCCGCCUCCGCUGCAAUCGCCGUGGCGAUGGGCUCUACUGUCGCCGCCCAUGAACUGGACCUCAACACAGAGGCUGUGGUAGGGUAUGGUGAGGACAGCAGCAGUCUCCAUCUAGAGGGACUCCCUCUACAGGCCAGUCAGUACACCAUGGAGGAGUUCUCCAGGAAGUACUACAGACUACAGAGACACAGGGACCAGCUGAAGACCAGGAAGGGGAAGGAGAGCAGAGAACCAGCUGACAUGGUUACAUACUCUAAGGUGAGAAACACACAGUACUACAGACUACAGGCUCAGAGACACAGGGACCAGCUGAAGACCAGGAAGGGGAAGGAGAGCAGACAACCAGCUGACAUGGCUCAGAGACACAGGGACCAGCUGAAGACCAGGAAGGGGAAGGAGAGCAGACAACCAGCUGACAUGGUUACAUACUCUAAGGACACAGGGACCAGCUGA